UUGUCCGGUUCUCUUACCGUAUUCUCUCUUCUUCAUUGGGGGUUAAAGGUCUCAAUUUCCAUAUUUGUGGAAGGACCAUGUACCGAAGCUACCUUAUAUUGUAUUAAUUUUGAAUAUCAGUUCAUUCUGUGCAGCUCAAUAUAUUAUUUUCAUUUCGGUUUAGCAACAGAGUGACAUACCAAUGACGUAUAUCGCGCUGUCCUUAUCGCAGAAUAACUUCGAAUAUUAUUGUCGUUGUCGCGGGAACAGUUACGUUACAGCUCUCAUGGUGUAAACUACGCCAAACCGCUGUGAAUAAAUUCAUUUCAUUUCUAUACGGUUAAUCGAGUACUGUUUUACUUUUUGGCACGGCCCGCGACCGUAUCGUCAACCAGCAACCAUGGCAGGGCAGAAUUGCAAUUCUAUUCGGGAGGCUACCACCAAUCGGAUCUCCGGGGGGGGCACAAUUAUGCGUCCGUCGUGCGGCGAUAUCUGCGUAUGGGCUCGCAGCGUACCAGACCAGAUACAACUCCAGUGACUGCAAAGAGGGACUCAAGGAGGGUUGUGCCCUCAAGGGUUCGUAGUCGUCCGCCGUGGGUCGGGGCACUGCCCCCCCCCCCCAGAUGAGGGAAAGGUUCCAGCCGUCGGUCUGUCCAAGAUGACGUCGCAGAGGAGGACAAGGGAUUGACUGAGUAGCAGGGCCAGUCUACGCAUGGAUGUUUCAGAUCAUCAACCGGUAAGUCCACUCAUUUAUUAGAUAGAAUUCGAGAGUGACACGUUAGCUUAGUUAAGAGCGAUAGGGAUUGCGUCGCGAUCGGAGGCUCGUCGGUACCCCCCUUCUAACAGGUCAUCCUCCCCGGACCGCCACUGUCGAGGGACCGGGCGCGCAACGUAAAAUUAGGACACUGUAGUGGAACAUAUGCCAUUCAAUCGCAGUAAGCGGGGACGUCAUUCAGCUGGUUCAUCAAGAGCGUCUGGACAUACUGUUGCUCCAAGAGCCGUAUGCCAUUCGUGACGUGAACACCUGGGUCAUCCGAUACCUACGACUUGGAAUGAGUAUCGCCGCGUGAUCAACGGAGCGGCCGUAGAUGCGUGCAACUCCAUCCUGGAGAUUGCGCGUCCCAACUAAGCACAGCGCAUUGCGGUUGGGCUGAAGCCCACGUCCCCGGUGGAUUCUUUUUCGUCAUCUCAAGUUAUUCAAUGCGCUAUGAUGGAAACAACCUUGCCAGGUAAUGGUUUUCGGAAACCUCGCAUGGCCUAUUAAUCUACUCUACUUACAUAAUAUCAAACACUUAGGCCAUUACCCACUGCCGAGGGGGGGUUGGGAAAAAUCCAUACUGUCGGCUGGUUCAGAUGGCCGAAGGACACUUAGCAACCAAAACGGCGCCGGGUCACAAGUGACUAACGCAGGCAUGGCUCGCGCGGGGAACCUCGGGGCAGUGGUCCUUGAUGUCAGCCUGACACCCAGAAUGUGAAAGGUGGAAAAGGGUAUUUGGGAUUGAUAGAAAUAGAACAGAAAAAGAGAAAGAAAAUAGAAAGGAAUGUGUUACCCGGAGAAGGUUACCGGGUUCCUACCCCACGACUCUCGUCUCCGACAACGAGAGCUGGUUGGUCUCAUUCAUUCAUUCACUCAUCGUCGCAUUUCACCAACAUGCAUUCUCUACAAAAUUCCGCGAACACGGCGAAUGACUCCCUCGACGACAGUAGCGCUUGUGCCGCCUGGGGCCAUGAGCGAUUCCCGAUUAUACUCGGGACGCACUCGCGCUGUGGUGCAUAUAUCGGACAGUCCAUUACGAAAUGCUGGACUAUGUCUUCAGCUUGGUCGCACUCGCAGAUUCUCGACUGGGCAAGGCACCGCUCUUGAAGAUAGGACCGGAAUUACCCAUGCCCUGUCAGGACCUGCGACAUCCAGUGGUCGCACUCGACCACUUAGCGUCCAUGCGCGCCGCAGUAUCCAGGAAAAACGCAAAGACGUUCCUCCCGGUUCAAGCCCGCUCGAACCUAUCUUUCCAGAGAUUCCGGAUCUCUGCCUUUAUAUCUUCGACGGUCUCGAUCGGGCGACCGUUGUUAUCAACGCGCGGGUUCGUGGGGUCUAUGUCUACUGUACCUAUUCUAACCGGAAUGCCUUUCUUGGCUUGGUAGCGCGCUGCUCUUUCCCUCAAUAAAAGGUCCACAGGAAGAACUCCCGCCGCUGCGCAGAGUCCUUCGUGUGAAGCCGUCCUAUACGCGCCAGUAACUGUCAGCAGGGCGCUCCUCUGAGCGGUACGGAGUUUCCUCCCGUCGUGCGGUGUACACCGGUCCAGCCACCCGUGGGCUGCAUACGACGCGACAGCCUGACAAACGCCCUGAAAAACGAUUUUCACCGAUCGCUAUCGGAGUCCCCAAUAAUUGUGCAUUACGGCCGAUAGCCGAGUGAAAACUACCCUAGAUUUUUCUAAGAUAUGUUCGGUAUGGGUCCGGACCCGCAUAUUCCUAUUGAAAUGUACCCCGAGGUACCUCACGCUCUCCCUAAACUUAAUCCGUUGCCCGGCGAGCCUAAUUUUGGGUGGGCGGCUGUCGAAUGCCGGUUUUAGGUGCCGGCGUCAUUUUCGCGGCCGAUCUCACCUGUACUGCGUCAGCGGUGCUCUCUUCUGCGAAUUGCAUGACAGGACUAUUGCCUCUGUCUUGCUCUUCGAGAGUUCGAGCUUCGCCGAGGCGCACUACUAAGUGAUGUGAUUUACGACGGCUUGACCUAUCCUCUCUAACUCCUUACGCGAGUCGGCCGAUACGACUGCGAUAAGGUCGUCCGCGUACGCGACUUCGAUUUCGCCGAAGUUCUGCUCGAUGCUCUUGAGGAGGGCAUCGAACAUAAGGUUCCAGCACGCGGGGCCGAGGACUGAUCCUUGUGGACAGCCCCGAGUAGCCGGCUUCGAAACAUGUUGGUCGCUCCAGGCGAUCUUGACAGUCCGAUUGUCGAAGUAGCUCCGGAGCACUUCAAAGACAUUCUUCGGGCAGUC